AUGGCGGUUUAUGAAGCAUUCAAUGGUGAUGUGAUCAGCUUUGCCACGGAAAAUGCGACCAGAAAUAUGGACAGACACAUUGCAUUACAAGUUCAUCACUUUUCGAAAUCAAGCGGAUCUUUCGAAAAAACUUUGGAUAAAGUUUUAUCGUUGAACAUCUCGACGUUUUGUCAGCUUCAAGUCUGGCGGGUGAAGUGCUCGUUGGACAUAAGAUUCGGAAUAUAUCGGCCGUGUAUAUUACUUCGCCAGGCUUCUUCAAAAAAUGAUAACAUGGAGAAGUAUCAUGUUUUUCUUCUAGAAAGUUACGAUUCAUUAAUAAUGAUUGGAAGUUUUGAGGUUAAUAGAACAGGAAAAGCACAGAUCGAGUUUCACUUGAUUGAUGGACCAGCGGUCUGUUGGGCCGUUGAAGGUUGUGUUGUUUUUGCUCGAUAUGACCCUAAAUUGGAGAAAAUGACAGUGGAGACUAUAAAUGUUAUUGAUUCCUUGAACAAACCACCAGUUGAGGAAUUUAACCUUUUUUGGUGCGGUCUACUGAGGGAUGAAACAGUUGCCAUGGGAACCAAGCUGCAUGUGACAAGUGAUGGUGAAAAUGUAUUGACAAGAUGGACUUGUAUCUCGCAUCCCCAGAAUCAUAUUCAAGAGAUUCCACUGAUUCCUAAUGUGUACAUUCCUAUAGUGACAUUCAUUCUUAUAAGAGAUGUGUCAUUUGGCCAGUCCGAAACCAUGUAUGAUGGACUGGAAGUAUUUCUAACGACAAAUCACGGACAGUUGUUAAAGUUUAUGGAUGGGCAUCUAAAAAACUGCUGGCCUCUGCCAUUUAAUGAUGCAUGCAGGAUUUGGAUACUGGAGGUAGGCUUGUUAUCAGACAGUAUAAUGUUUGAUGUGUUCAGUCAGGACACUUGUUGUUUUGACCAUCUCUUCUUCCUUCUGCUUACCUUUCCUUCCCUUCUCUUUCUCUCUCUUUCCUAUUUUAAAAAUGAAUGACAAACAUUGAGGUUGUCAUGUUUUUAUUUCAAUGAUAUCAGGCCUUGUUGAUAUAAGAGGAAGAUGAGGUUAAAGUCAACAGUGACUUACUAAGUCUUUACAAGUAGAAAGUACAAAACAACUUUCUCUUAAAAAGAGGCAAUCUUGUAACCUUUCCAUAACUAGCUAGGAGCAAGUAAUGGGAAGAUUAUUACAUGUGACUCCCAUUUUGGAGGCAAAUGACAGCCCAGUCUUUUUCUUUGUCCAUCAAGCAUUAAGAUAUAGCCUAGGUCUGGUAUGCUUCUGAUCUACUUGAGGCAACUUAGCUAGUAACAUCUGGCAUGCUGUUCUGAAAUGGGAAAUGAAGUUGCCAGCAGUAGAGGCCAUUCUAGUCGUAAGCGCUAAUUCUAGUCGUAAUGUCUGCAAAGUUGAACUGAAGUCAACUUUGCGGGCAUUCAGGCAGCAAAGACCUGUGAUGCGUCUUGUUUUUGGCAGGGUAUGUUUUCAUAAUAAUUUGUUGGAACAAAAUUCCCAAACAAUAACAGCAGCUAAUAGUGUCACAGAUCACAGAUCAGCGGCAUAUGAGAACCAGGUUAAUGUGCAGCAGAAAGAAAUAGCCAUAUGGUAAGAUAGCAAGUUCAAUGCCAUCUUUUCCUAAUUUCUUGCUUGAAAGACAGGGUAAAAAAAGAGUGUGAGCUGUUGAGGAGACUCAGGAUUUUUUUUAUUUUGGGUUACUAGUAGUGUUUUAAUGAGUUUUAACUUUUGACCCUGUGAAUAAAUGAAUGUGACCAACCAGUAACUGUUAGUGAAAACACUUUAGAGGAACAAACUUUCUAAUUGCUUACAUUUUUAUCAUCAAAAUCUCCUGAGUAUUUAGUAGUAUAUCAUCCAGUUAAAAGAAAGAAUUCAAUUAUGCGCAGCUGCAACCUUAAUUUUUUACGGCAAAGUCGUGAUAGAGAUUUCAAUUCAGUCUUAGGAGAAAUAUGAGGUUGAAUGAUUGAAACAAUGGAGUGCUGGUUAGUGUAAACAUUUAAAAUUUGUAAUAUUCCAAAUUUGUAAUAUUGAAUUUAAAAAAAAAUAGCUGUUUGUGUUUAAAUUUUACUUGAUUAUAGAAUGCAAUAAUUAAUAAAUAAUAUGUAGAGAGAGGAUAUUACACGGUGGCUAGAAGAUAUGAAUUUUAUGUUCGAGUGGCAAGAACAAUGUCUCACGAGUGAGUGAUGCGAACAAGUGAGAUAUUGUUCUUGCCACGAGAACAUAAAAUUCAUAUCUUUGAGUCAACGUGUAAUGUUCUUUUUAUUAUAUGGAGAAACCAAUUCAACAAAAGCAAAAGGGGGGAAUUGUGACGUCAUUGAACGAUACGACACUCACAAUGGUGACAUACGGAAAAUACGCCACUCGGGUCCCGGAUGAAGUGGCGUAUGGAAUCUACGAGUGGUUUAGUUCUCAGUAAAACACUCUCCUCCAUAUAAUAAAAUAAAAUAUCUACAAAAAAUGGUCCUGACUGACUAAUUGAGCAUAAAAUAUUGACAAUAUUCUAAUAACAACAAGAAUUUUGAUUCUAGUCCUUGUAGGCUUAAAGGUUUAAUGUAUAUUUCUUUUCAGCCUGAGCCUGGUGAAGUCAUGGUUAUGAUUGCAUCGCAAAAGAAGAAGGUGUGUGUAGUGAAUUGCAAAAAGAACCAGGUAAGAUGAAUCCGCUAUGGUAAUUUUGUGAUUUCCACUGCAUUAUGUUUCCUGUCCCAAUUAUUAUUCUCAAAUUUUUGUUAUCCUCAUGUACGUAGGGCUAGCUCAUUGAAAUGGAAAUGUACAUUCUUCACAAAUUAUUCACAUCACUUAACAGCAAAGUUUUUAAGAAGAGAGAGGAUUCAGAGCCUCUGGACACUCUCUCUAAUCUUAUUGAAACCAUUCUAGAAGAAAUCCCAACUUCUGAUUGGUCUGAAAAUAUCUGAAUAUGCAAUAUAUUCUUCCCCUGACCUCUGAGGAUAAGUUGUGAUUACGUUAAUCAGACAUCAAACAAAUUGAAAUUAUAUAUGAUGUCAGCAAUUGAUUAACCUGAUACACGUGUAGCAAUCCAACACCAAAGUUGUGAUUAUGUUAACCAGAAAUCAAACAAUUUGAAAUUAUAUACAAUAUUUCUACAAGUGUUUCAGGAAUUGAUUCAUCUAAUACAAGUGUAGCAAUCUAACACCAUCCUACUGUUCCUUUUAGAGACAGAAUGUACCAAAAUUAAUUAUUAUUAUUAAUAUUAAUAAAUUAUUAUUUUUUUUCAUUUCAGGUAGUAAAAGAGUAUGAUGACAUUGAGUUAGUGCUUGUAGAUGACUUCCUGGAAAGCGGACAUGAGCAAGUUCUUUUCUUGCAGACAAAUCUCAACAUGCGUACUGAGUGUAAGGGUCUUAAUUAAUUACGUAUUCAAAUAUUUUUUUAAUUACUUCGUAGCAACUUACGUGUAACUUUGUCUAUCUUUUUUUGAUGUGAUUCUCUUUCUUCCACUUCCAUAUGUUAUAGCUGGUGAGUUGUCCAGAUAUUUUCUGAUAGAUAUGGCAAAGGGAAUGGUGUCCAUUGACUCAGAAGGCAGUAAGGUUAGUUUUUUAAUUGUGACUACCACCACCUCACCACAGAAUGAACAUAACUUUCAUCCUAACCCAUCUCAUUGUUUUAAAGUUCUCUCAAACAAGGAUAUAUUCCUAAAUGCCUAAUAACCAGUGAUGAUCAGAGAGAGAGAUCAGAGAUCAAGGGAAGUGAAAAAAAUACCAACCACACAAAACAUAUACUUACUACGGUACCCAUACUGUAACUGUUAGCAGUUUAUUAUUUUAUUUUCUGAUUGGUAUUAUGAACUUAAUAAUUCCAACGUUUAUGGAUCUUGCUUGCAAGAUAAUGAUAUGAUAUAUCAUAAUGAUAUGUCAUAAUGAUAUGACUCUCCUCUCUCUCUCUCUCAGGCAUUUAAGGUACAUGUAUAAGAUAUGAAAAAGGAAAACUAAAUAACUUAGGUGUAUCUUAUUGGUACUUAUACCCAGGUCUUUAAUUUUGCGUCUUUCAAGAUUGUGAAAAAUCCUGAAAUUAAAGAUCUGCGAAAAUAAAUCUUUACGAAAUCUAAUACUCGUAUGGAAAGUUCAAAUAGCGAUUGACAUGUAAUAGUGACGAUAUGUAUCAACAAACACAUUGCUUUCUGGUUUUACUGGUAUGCCCCAUUACAUAUCUUCCGUUGUGAAAUGACGACGUGGGGCAAUCAUAGACUAGUUUGCUUCGAAGAUUUUUUCUGGUCUUUCUUAUUUUUGUCACUUGCAAGAAUAAAGCAAUGUCUGCCUCCCGCGACAGAAGUUUCACUAACCAUGGUGAUUUCCUUCACUAUUCUUGAGCAGUCUAGAGUCAUUCACAGUGUUGUUGUUGCUGGCCAAGCUGGGCGAGUGCGUUGUAUUGUAAUUUGCAUCACCUGUAACUAGCCCCAUAUCUUUGUUGAUUGCACUCUUAAAUCACAGGCACUGCAAUUCACAUGCUGAGCACCAUUUGCCAUAAAAUGAACAGCCAUCGCCUUUAGUUCGGAUCGCUCAAAAUUUCUUUACUGCUGGCUUUCAUUCUGGCAAACCCAGACAUUGUCAAAAGUGAAAACAUUUUCAGCUGAAUUUACACAAACGUCAUGAUUCCAUAUUUUUUAUAUCCUUUAGAAAUCAAAAUGGUUCACAACGUAUUUUAGACUGAUUCCAUCCUGUUUAGAUCUUGACUUGUGAUUCCAAAAUUUUUUUCAAAAUUGUUUGGGUGGCCAUCAAUAGCAUUUAGAUAAUUACAAACCUACAAAACUAAUUCUUUUUUUAAAUCACCAAAGUUUACAAAGAGCAGACUAUCCAGUCCAUCCAUUUUUAUGUUUAGGCCAUGUAGAGAUCCUUAUUGUUUUUUACACCUUCAAUGCCACAAUCCUUACUAUGAAUCUGAGAAUGAAAAAGAUGCAAUGUGCAAUCACUGAUUAAUCAAGCAAGAAACUGCAUGAAUAAAUUAAAUGAUUUUUCUCCAUUUCACUGAUUUCCUAGUAUUUUCAAGCUAGCAAUUUAGCAUUGAGUUUACUUGUGAGAAAUACACUGACACAGUCUUCCCUUUUGUAGGGUUCUGCUUCUUCUCAGCCUCAGCCAGUGACUGAUUCACUUCUGAAAACUGCACAGGCUUUGCAGACAAGACUUCAGGUCAGAGAAACUAAAUCCAAUAACUAACACUACACUUUAUUUCCUCCCUGAAAGUUAUGCUUCUUUCUUAUCAAAAACCAGGAGUUUCAAAUUAAACACCAAAAAGUUGUUCUUAUGGCAUUGCAGUCUCCAAAAAUCUAUAUAUUUUAGUUAGCAUUUGUUUACUUUCAUGAAUUGUCUUUCUUUGUUUUGCUUUAAAUGAAAGCUUGAAAAUUUAUUUCUGAAAAGCAAAAACAAACACUUUUUCAGGGGUGGCAAACUGUCCCCAGAGAAUUGAUGGGUCUCAGAAAAUUUUGAACUGAUUCUUCUUUCACUUUCCCAAGGACUUUUUGAGGAAGGUUUUCUGUCCUGUCAUUAGAGAAACAUUUCCAAAUUCCAAUCCAAUUCUUGUUCCAGCUUGAUAUCAUAUGAGCAGAAAAUAUUUUAUUCACAGGCUAGAGCAUCAGCUUUACAUGAGGCUAAAAUGGAGUGCCAUGAGAAAUGGAAAAUGGUGGAGCGUUGUUGUAAAGUGUUGAAAGAAGUUACCUCUUCUGAUGAUCCAGGCAGCAAGGUGAAAAAAGAAAAGGUACAUCUGACAAAAUGAGACUUUAUGUCUUGAAUUUUCUUAUAAUUUGAAAUUUGCUAGGGAUCGUUUUACUGCUAACAAGUUGUCUUACUUGUCAUAGAAGAGAAAUGUAUAGCCUGUCAUUCUGUGGGUAAACAGAAUGAAAUACUAUUUGGAUGUUGGUGGAGAGUAAUAAAAUUACUUCAACUGGUCCAGAAAAUUAAUUAAUGAGAUCAUAAGCACAUCUCACAGCACCUUCUCAAAUUUAACUCUGAAUAAUAAUAAUAACUAGCAAUAACCAAAGGUAAGGGGGUGCGUGCGACAACGAUUGGAGGUCCAAACACUUGUGCUCCAUUGCUGUGCUUUGCGCACGUUUCACUUCACAGAUUUUCAAAACACGCAUAAUCAGAUUACGAGAGGCAGAAGGUCGAAACGAGUGUGAUCAAAUUGCGUUCUGUGCAUUCCAUUCAUUCUUAGUGGAAGUCCAAACAAAUGCUGGCUACAUACCUGCGACGCAUGCAUAAUAACAACCUGGAGAUUAGGAUUGUGGGCGACAAGAGGAGCCGGCAAUAAUAAUAAUAAUAUAAACAGCAAAGGUACAACCCAUCUCUGGAGAUGUAAAUAUUGUGGUGAUAGUAAUUUUUUUUUCCUUCUACUUAGUGCCCAGGUCUUUACUGUCUUUUAGAAGGCGCUCGUACUGAUGGUAAGUCAUUGAACAGUGCGUCAAGAUGGCAUGUUGUAGUACUGGUGACCCAGUCCUUACCUUUGAGUGUGUGUAGAGGCGGCAAUUGUAUGACAGUCAAACAAAUCUGUGAAAAAGGUUGAUGAAAGGCACUCAAUUCCCAUUUGUGAAGGCCAAUGAGCAUUUUUUUCUUUUCCUAUGUUCCUGAAAACAAUAAAAAAGAAAACAUAUACAUGUUUGUCCAGCUAUUAAGUCCAAAAAGAACUUCUAAGAGAGGUAUUUUGGAUCUAAAGUGGUGUCCAUUUGCUGCCAGUUGGGUGUGUCUUACAGGUCUGCUUGGCAUCUAAGAUAUUAUGAUGUCCAUGCAACAGAAUAACACAGCAGCAGAUUAUAUUUCGGUCAGCUAACAAAAUGGAAUAUGAUAUUUCUCUCAUCACUCUGUUGUGUGUACAGGUGAACAAGAUUCCGCUGCAGCUAAGAUGCCUCGGUCAACCCUGUCUGUCAGUGAGAUAUGGCAGCGUAUUGUUCAUGACCAGUGGAUUGUUGGUGUUGAUGUGGAAAACACUAGUGAGAGGUAUCAAACGUCCCUUCAUUGUUAAAAUAAGGUAAAAGAGUUAAGGGAGCAGUAAGCCCCAGUAGGGAUCAUGUGGUUGCAGUUUAACCCAGUUACUGUAGCAUGAAGUGUCUUGUAUUACUGCUGCUCUGACUGGAGGGGAUACUACAAUCCUGGGCAAAGCGUUUGGCACACUUAGUCAUUUACCCAUGAUCUGUGGACUUUCUAAUAAUCUUCCUCCCCCCCUCCCUGGACAGUGAUGGGUGCUACACGUCAAAAAUGUUUGGAAACCUUUCAAAGUGUCUGGACUUCAACUUUGUUUGGAGGGAGACGGAACCUUCGUAAAGCCAUAUUUACAAUUGUUGUGAAUCGUCAGUCACUCACAAAUUCCCAACCAUAAAGAGCAGUGAAAAGGGAAGUGUCCCAAACCCUUUUGGCCAUGGUUGUAGUCCAUUGUAAGGAUACCUCCAGUAGUGCACAGUAGUGCAUCACCUUAACUCAUUUAUACACCUGGGUGACGAGAGACAAAAUGCAGCAAAAUUUCUAGUUUAAGGAAGCCAGGCAACAGCAGCAAGGUUCAAACCUAGACAGAUUGGUAUUUAAAUGGGUUGACUGCUCACCACCAUGUCUCCACUCUUAGAGUAGAGGUAAUGAGGCCUCUCAAGGCCAACUUACUUGUGGCUUACCCUACAUUCUCUAGGAUGAAGCCCACUCCAUGUAGGGGAAUCUUAGACAGUCUUGAAUUCUGGAUUCCAAGCUGGGGAUUCCAGAUUCCAGGUACUGGACUUCAGUCUUUGUAGGUGGAACUUGGACUCCGCAUUCCUUGAGCUGUAUUCUGGAUUCUACAAGCAAAAAUUUCCUUUAUUUUGGAGUCCAGCUUGCCUUACAUGGAGUGAAUGAAGCGGUCAUAGUACCCCUUCUCCCUCAGUAUGGAAUGCUACUCUAUCAGUCAACGCUUGCUGUAAAGCAAAAAAGCAAAUUUACUUUGUAAAGAUGUGUUACUGGAGGUACUCACUUAGUCCAUUCAAAAUGUAAAAAGUUACAUAGAGUUUGAGAGAGGAUCUGUUUGCUUUUAAGCCAAAAUUUACUAUGCACUGUGCAAUUCCUUUUGAUUAACAUUUGAUGAACUGCUUUCGUACACUAAGGUAUUAAAAGCGUGAGAACGCUUUCAAGAGAGUCUCCCAAGAUUAAUUCCAUGAAUGCUCAUUAUUGACCUUGGAAAUGAAAGUUGAAAAAUAAAUUCUAGUCUCAAAAGGUCUCAGAUUUUUUAUUAUUGUAGCUUUCGACUGUAACACUGUCUUCAUCAGCAAUGAACGUUCAUUUUUGUCACGUGAAUUAGUCACGUGUCAACAACUGAUUUAAAAUCGUGGGAAAUUCAUAACCCCCUCUCUAUAGAGUACUAAAGUGUGAUGUCAUAAAAAUGAAAUUUCUGAAAUUAUGGGAUUUUUUAGGUCGACCCCAAAAAAAUUUGACAGUUUGCCCCGAAAUGCUUAUUUUUGGCAAGUAGGCCUCUUGGACAUUGUUCUUUCAGAAUAUCCUGACAAAUCCCAUAAUUUCAGAAAUUUCAUUUUUAUGACGUCAUCACUUUAGUACUCUAUUUAGGGUUGGAUGCUGGUGUCUGAUAUGGAUGUUCUCUUGAUUUUUGGAAAAGAUACAUCUUUACUAGACCACGCUUGCUAGUUCUUUUUUUCCUUUUAAAUUUUAGUUCUGUUUCUGACUUUGUUGUCGGACUGGUAAGUUGCCAACCUGAUGGUCUGACAUAUACAUCAAAGGCUUCGUUCUGUAGUGGGGACACCUGUCAUCAUAAACAACCUGGAAUGUCAGCGGAUUCUGAGUUUCACAGCAACUGGAGAUCUCUAUCUUCUAAGAGACAAAAGCGUGACCGUGAAACCACAGCUGUCAAUCAAGAGAAGCUGUUACCAGGAGACCAAACAAGCUUGACAGUGGUUGCCUCUUUACCAAGAUUUGCGCACUCAGAUAGUUCUUCCGUGUCUGUUGUGGUCACGUGGACCAGUGAAAACAUGGAUAGAAGCAAUGAUCGGCAUUCCAUGCAUUGCGGAGAUGUGACGUUGCACUUUGAGCAAAUAAUAAAUGGUAGUUUAAAUGUGAAAUCAGGUGUGGAUCUUAAGUCAACCCAGCACAAUAUUGAGGCAUUGAGAUCAGUGUCUAUUGAAACCAAGGUAAGGGAAAUUGUACACGAGGGGUAAAAAAUGUCAUGCUGUCUAGUUGUUAACUCUUUAAGCACCGAUAUUGACCCGCAUCAAACUUCUCCUUACAGCAUCAUUGCCCGAUCAAAUGAACAAGGAAAGAGAGUGAAUGCAAUUAUCAGCACUGAUGAAAUGUCUUGCAGUGCAAUAAACAAAUGGAAAACAGAGAGGAUUAUAUACAUUUUGGGAGAAUAAUAUACAUGUUGAUGACAUGCUGAUUCGAGCAAGAAUUCUUACUCUCGACCGAUAUUUUUCUUGAGAAUGUAACUCCAGAUAGUGUCUUUUUAUCUUUUGUCUUAAAAGUAUGUUGUUUUGGUGAGUUUUUAUCCUGUUUUCUUUUCUUCCCAGCUUUCCUUACGUAGCAGAUUUUCGAGUUCCUACCACGUCGCGUUGCUGGUGAAAACGUUAAUGAGAGAUGUUCCUGUAAUACAAGCGACAGAAGGAGCUGACUACUCAAUCAUGUUUGGUCAACUUCUUCUUGCACUCCAAGAUAACGGCCCCUUGGGUGGGGCUGGGAUUGUCCUCAGUGGUGAAGAUCGAAUUACCCUUAUAACGAGGUAAAGUAAGAUUUUGUUUUUUUCACGCGUGUUUACCAUUUACAUGAACAGUAACUAAGAAACGAAUGUGACAUUGCUGUUGGAAUAAAUUGAUUAAUCGCGGAACAACACUUUCAGAAACUCAUCUCUUUGCUGUCUGUGCCAGCACGUAACAUGAUAUCAGCUAUUAUACGCAAUUGGCACCUAUUUUGCUUGUACAAAACGAAACUGUGUUUCCCAUUCGGCUAGUAUUCCGUCAAAACCACACUCCUAGAACAGCUUGUAUUUCGUUGCUUUGAAUUGUUUGGUUUUUUUUUUGAUUUCCAGCAAUGCAGUCGACAUUCUCGCCAUUAGUUGGCAACGGGAUCCGCCUUUAAGAUCGUGUCGUUGUUGUAGGCAAUGUUCAUCCUUGUCAGUUUAUAAAUCGGCCAUGUUUUUAAUUUGGAUUACUUGUGUUGGUCUUUCGCUCCCCAAGUAAUCAAAAUUAAAUAAUUUCUUUUUACCAAGGCCCCCUUUGAUUAGGGCCAAAGGUGGCGCAGUGAUAGAGAAUUCUCUAGCGUCAGUUUGGACUGGACUCGAAUCCCGGCGUCGACGUAAUACAUACGUGGGCCAAGUUUGUUGUUGGUUCUAGCACUUGUUCUGAGAGAAUGUUCUUCUUAUCUCCUAAAAUAACAUUUCUAAAAGGCAAUUUAACCAAAAAAUGUAGACUAAGAACAACUAUAUGCUCCCUCUAAAUCAUUAUCUAUUCAUCCUGUUCUAGAAACAAGAAGCAAGCGUACCUACUGUUACACAGAUUACGACAAGUUUUACCUCCUGAUGUUAGUAUUCUUGCUGAUCCUUCGUUAGAGUUGUCCGCUGUAAAGAACAGUGUGUGCACCAUGAAUCAUGAAGUUACGAACUUGCAGCAAAAUCUACACAAGCUGAUUGAAAAAGCCAGCGGAAGUCGUGCAAGCUUAGGGACAGAGGGUGGGCAAGAACAUGGUAAUGAUGGCGUUGGAGCUCUAAGAGAUGGAUUUGAACGAAAAAGGGCAAGAGAAGCGAUGAGAGGAGAAAACAUUUCUAGCGAGCAAAGUGAUAUAUUACAGAUGUGGAGUGAUUUUGUUCAGUGUCAGAUAUCAAGUGACUGUGCUGUGGCCAAGAGCUAGCACGCCUACUACAGAACACCCUUAUUUCACGUUCCCGCUACGUCGCUAGGAAGACGGAGAAAAAGAUAAAGCCAC